GCCUAUUACUUCGCCUCGAAAUAUAAUUGACAGCAAUUUAUUAUAGGCCAAAGGUACGUCAUUUAAUUAUGAUCGCGUGCGCUGCGAAGCUCGGCCUGCGUACAUGAUGGAGUCUCCCCCCGAAUGAUGUCGGAGGUCGCACGCGUUAUUGUUAUACCCCUUCGGUCUUCCCAUCGUCCUUCGUACAUAGCUUCGUAUAUCGAUAAUCGAAACCGAAGAUCGAUAACGAGUUCUAAUUGAUCUGACCUACAAAUAACGUACAAAAAUGAGCAAAAAAAAAAACUUGAUCACCGUGCACCGUCCCACCCUCGUACAUAUUAUAUCACACACCAACACCACUUCGCCUGUACACACAUCCUCCUCGGCGUAUCAACAAUACGCAAGGUAGCUAUCCCUUCCCUACUUUUUCUUCCAUCUGCUAAUCGAGCGCGCAAACGAAAAGCUCUCGGUUUUCCGCGCUGUGCUGUAGCGUCGACACUUUGUCUUCGCCGCUUAGCUUCAGCCUCUCCGAGCUUCAGUCGACGCGCCGCGAGCUUACGUAAUACACGUGCGACCGAAUGACAAUGAUCGAGCGGAAGAGGCAUAUGGGCGUCGUCCAAACACGUCGAGAGCAUAAGCGCGCUCGACACUCUCCGAGUGAAAUAGAUAAAUAGAUGUAUCGUGCGAGAAGAGGGAGACGAGGCAACGCGCGCACACACACAGGGAUGAUUUUGGCUAAUAGAAAGAAAUGCUGGUAUCGCAUGUUUGAUCGAUGUGGAAUGAUAAAUUAUUUAGCGUUCGCGCCGAAAUGCCUUUGAUUAUACUGUUAUGUAGUGAGUUGGUUUAGAAAAAGAGGCACUGGUUUUUAUGAUAUGUCAAUGCCGAGAACACAUAAAGAUACAUCAAUUUUAAUUAGUCCAUACAAAGUACUUAAUUAAAAUGAAGUUUGAAUGGUCGAUAUGUAUUUUAAUUAAAAGUUUCAUCAUUUCUUGAUCCACCGAAUAUUCCACAAAACAAGCUUAGGAGUAUGAUUCACCGUUGUUUAAUCCACUCCGCACAAGUCGCCUUACAUUCACGAAAAAUUCUGUACUCGACUAUAAUAACGUUGACUGUUGGACACUUUAAUUUUUAGAUAUUGCUUUUUUAACUUGUACACUUUAUUGGUUCUUUCAAAAAUAUUUCGAUGUAUCUCAAUCUGCAUACGCAGACAAAAAAAACUCAUCGCAAUAUUCCGGUUUGUUUCCGGACGGGUUAUAUUUUAACCAAACAAAAAUGAAUAUAAAUUUCAAUGCGAAACACGUGUUUGUCAGGCGUCGAAUCAUCCAAAUAUACUAAUUUCAUUCUAAUCAUUGUGGCGCGCCACUUUGGCUGGCUCGACUCGACCGCGGCGUUCCGUUAUAAUCUCCAUUUUCUCAGCGGAGCUUUCGACGUCACACUUCUAAAUCUUCGAAUUUAUUACAUAACGACGAGCAACAAUCUCAACGAAUCGAGCGUCCAACUGAAAUUUAGUUACCCAAGGAUGUAACAAGAACAAAUCGAUUCCAAAUAAUACCGUCGUCUGCGCUAUUUCGAGCUGCAAUCCAAUAGGCAAAACAGGAUGCCAAGCGUAAGAAACGAAGUAAAGCCCGCAGAAGGGGACAGAAGCAAACAAAGCCCUACGACUAUGAGGAUCGAUCGAGAGACGGGUGGAAGGUGCGCGCAGGAAGACAGCCCGGGCGCGUGAUACUUAAGGCAUCGAGCGUAGUCGGAACGUACCGCCCUGCCGUUGCUCGCGUUGACGCGGCUGUAUCCAUCCCAGAUGCCAACCUGUUGAUGGGAAUCGAGCUCGUCUUCGUUGCGGUUCUGACACUGAAAAACCAACGCCGUAUCGGCUUGCCGCUCUCGUUUCAGGCGCUUCUUUUCUCGCGCUUCGACCAAGAGGCUGUAUUGUUUCGCGGGGAAAGAGAUGAAUGAGCUCUGGCAACGACGAGAGGGAGAAUGAAAUUCGAAGACGUCCGCGAGGUGGGGAAGAUACUUUUUUAUCGAGGUGUAUUAUAGUCGCGGUUAAUUUUGGCUGGAUUUCGCGCUCUUUUGUUCGAUUCACCGUUGCAUCAACAUGUUGUUGUUUUGCUCGUGCGCGCGGAGGACGAAUUCAUAAUAGGAGGAAACUUUUUGUUCGAUCCUUGAAGGAUUGCGAAAUUUGUAAUAUAAUAUAGUUCCAAAAAUAGAGAAACGUGUUAUUGAGUAUCCUUAUGCAUGAAUUAUCAUGUAAUGGGACAUGAUCUGAAAUCGCUUAUCGUUUAUCGAUCGUCAGCUACAUCGAUGUAUCAAAAUAUAGCCACCGUGCAAAAUUUCCAAUACACAAGAGUGGCAUUAGAUAGUUACCAUCUCUGAACUCUAUAGCUCCUAUUACAUAAAUUAUAUAUAAUCCAGAAGCGACGAGCUUUGCAGCUGAAAAUCCAAACAAAAAACACUUCCUCCGUCAUCCAUCACGAAGAAGAGGAAACGCGACACGCGAUCUCGGAAGGCGAAAAAAAAGCCGUAGGUUCAGUCCGAUCAGAGACACGCGCAUGGCCGAGCGAAACUUGGACGCACACGCGUAUACGCGCAGAAUCGGUGUGUACAGGUGUGCGUAUUAUACGGCGUCGCGGGCUGAUAUAAAGCGAUCGGAUGCGCGCUGACGGACCGGCAGUUGCUCGAAAUCGCGACUCCGCGUCCGAUCUCUCCCUCUCUCUGUCUUCGCUCUUGAAGAUCGUGAGCAGGUAUAUACGCGUCGUUUUUUUUUUAACGUUUGAGGUGCGUGUGUAUAUACUUAUACCAGAGACAUGAUGGAGGCGAGGAUGACGGGACUGGUGCUGAUGAUGAUGAUGAUGCUGUGCGCGACGCGCUGUCUGGCCUGCAACGGGAAGAGCAUGAUGAGGACAGGAUUAUCUUGCCAGGACAAACGGAAUAUCCUCGACGAGCACAAUCGUCUGAGACAGCUCGUGGCUCUGGGACAGGUUAACGGACAGCCGUCGGCCAAAAUGAUGAUGGAGAUGGUCUGGGACGAUGAAUUGGCGGCUAUGGCCCAGCAAUGGGCGGACCGCUGCAGCGAGACCCACGACAAUGCGCGUAAUGUUCAUCGUUUCGCGGUCGGGCAGAACAUGGCUCGUACCUGGACGACUCGGACACCGGCCAGUCCUUACGACACCGAGCCUGACUGGCGCCACCAGAUCUCCACCUGGUUCAACGAGGUGCAACACUACCGCACCGGAUACAGCAGCACCACGGCCCACUACACUCAGGUAAUCUGGGGAGACACCUACUUGGUCGGCUGUGGCUACUCGUUUUACUACGACCCGGCACGAGGAUACACGAAGAACUACGUCUGCAAUUACGGGCCGAGCGGCAACGUCCUCGGCUACAAACCAUAUUCAUUCGGCUGGCCAGAAUGUAACUCGUACGGCGUCAACUACUCCAACAAAUACUCCGGCCUCUGCUCGAAAGCAAUCUACUACCCUCUUGGCGCCUAUUGCGCCUACGGCUAGAAUCGCGGUGACGACGAAGGGAAACAGCCGAGAGGGAAGAACGAGGAGAUAAGAACAAGAGAGCGAGAGAGUCGCCGAAUUCUCGCGUGCAAGUACACACAAGAUCCGUUUUAGAGACGACGGUGUAACCGAGUAGUUCCGCAAGUUGAUGCACAGCAGCAGCGUUUUAGAAUCGUCGAUCCCAGCGAGGAUAAUAUGUAGAAAGAGCUCGAUUCAAAAAUCAGUUUUUUUUCUUUUUCUCAUCGUAUACGCGAACACGCUAUACGUAUAUAGAGUUGCACUGUUGUUUAGCCGAGAUCGACGAGAGGAGAGAACACUUCUAGUCCACUGAUAUAGUUCUUGAUUGGUCCGAAGAACUCGAAUUUAGUACAACUGUAUAAUAGAGAGGAAGAUGUUGAUAUCGUUGAGCGCAAGUUUUCAUUGAUAGGGCACGCGACCUCGAGAGCGAUUUUUCCGGCGAUAUACCUGGUAUAAUAUAACAAUAAAACGGAUACACUUUGCUCUUAUCUGCGGCUCCGCGAACUUCCUUAAGAAACGUUGAUUGAUGCGUUAAAAUUUUGUACAAACCACGUCUGCUUUCUUAUUCAAGCUAGUAUUGAUUUCUCACUUAUCGCCUUUUCACGUACAAAAAUCGCUCUCGCGCUAGCUCUACACCGUCAUUUAUCAUAGCUUCGUUGUUUUCUUAUCCCGAUAAGCACGACAUACGCACACGACUCUGAUUUCGAGUUUCGAACGACCAGUUGUAUAUUAGGUGAAUAAUUUUGUUGAAUGUGAAUUUCGUUAUUGAAAAUCAGAGAAAAAUUUUUCUGAAUCCCAUUGUAUGUACAAAAAUGAAAUAAAAAUACAAUGAACUCGA